AAAACUGCAUAGAAAAUCUAAUGGAUGAAGAUGAGAAAGAUAGAGCAAAGAGAGCCUCUCGAAACAAGUCUGAGAAGAAACGUCGGGACCAGUUCAAUGUUCUCAUCAAAGAGCUCAGCUCCAUGCUUCCUGGCCACACUCGGAAAAUGGACAAGACCACGGUGCUGGAAAAGGUCAUCGGGUUUCUGCAGAAACACAAUGAAGUCUCAGCACAAACGGAAAUCUGUGACAUCCAGCAAGACUGGAAGCCUUCAUUCCUCAGUAAUGAAGAAUUCACUCAGCUGAUGUUGGAGGCACUCGAUGGCUUCAUUAUCGCCGUGACAACAGAUGGCAGCAUCAUCUAUGUUUCUGACAGUAUCACGCCUCUCCUUGGGCAUUUACCGUCGGAUGUCAUGGAUCAGAAUUUGUUAAAUUUCCUUCCAGAACAAGAACAUUCCGAAGUUUAUAAAAUGCUUUCUUCCCAUAUGCUUGUGACGGAAUCCCCCUCCCCAGAAUUCCUAAAAUCUGACAACGAUUUAGAGUUUUAUUGCCAUCUUCUCAGAGGCAGCCUGGACCCAAAGGAAUUUCCAACUUAUGAAUACAUAAAAUUUGUAGGAAAUUUUCGAUCUUACAACAAUGUGCCUAGCCCCUCCUGUAAUGGCUUUGACAACGCCCUGUCAAGACCUUGCCGAGUGUCACUGGGGAAGGAGGUCUGCUUCAUCGCCACUGUCCGCCUGGCAACACCGCAGUUCUUAAAGGAAAUGUGCAUAGUUGAUGAACCUUUGGAGGAAUUCACUUCAAGGCAUAGCUUGGAAUGGAAAUUUUUAUUUCUGGAUCACAGAGCCCCUCCCAUCAUAGGAUACCUGCCCUUUGAAGUGCUGGGCACCUCAGGCUAUGACUACUACCACAUCGACGACCUGGAGCUCCUGGCCAGGUGCCACCAACACUUGAUGCAGUUUGGCAAAGGGAAAUCGUGCUGCUACCGGUUUCUGACCAAAGGUCAGCAGUGGAUUUGGCUGCAGACCCACUACUACAUCACCUACCACCAGUGGAAUUCCAAACCCGAAUUCAUCGUGUGCACGCACUCGGUGGUCAGUUAUGCGGAUGUCCGGGUGGAGAGGAGGCAGGAGCUGGCUUUGGAAGACCCGCCCCCCGAGGCCUUGCACCCCUCUGCCAUGAAGGACAAGGGCUCCAGCCAUGACCCCCAGCAGCACUUUAACGCUCUCGACGUGGGCGCCGCGGGCCUGAACGCCAGUCCCUCGCCGUCGGUGUCCUCCAGGAGCUCCCACAAGUCCUCGCACACAGCCAUGUCUGAACCCGCCUCCACUCCGACCAAGCUGAUGGCAGAGGCCAGCACCACCGCUUUGCCAAGAUCGGCCACACUACCCCAAGAGCUGCUGGUGCCCGGGCUCGGCCAGGCAGCCACGAUGCCGGCUCCUCUGCCUUCCCCGCCGUCCUGUGACCUCACGCAGCAGCUCCUGCCUCAGACCAUUCUGCAGAGCCCACCUGCUCCCAUGGCACAGUUCUCGGCCCAGUUCAGCAUGUUCCAGACCAUCAAGGACCAGCUGGAGCAGCGGACGAGGAUCCUCCAGGCCAACAUCCGGUGGCAGCAGGAAGAGCUUCACAAGAUCCAGGAGCAGCUCUGCCUGGUCCAGGACUCCAACAUCCAGAUGUUCCUGCAGCAGCCGGCUGUCUCCCUGAGCUUCAGCAGUGCCCAGCGGCCCGAGGCGCAGCCGCAGCUGCAGCAGAGGCCGGCCGCAGUGUCUCAGCCCCAGCUGGUGGCCAGCCAGCAACUUUCAGGGCAGAUGGCUUCAACCCAGGUCACCAACCAGCACCUGCUCAGAGAGUCGAGUGUGAUAUCCACCCAGGGCCCGAAGGCGAUGCGGAGUUCCCAGGUGAUGCCGGGCAGCAGCCGUCCAGGGAGCAGCCUGACGCCCCAGUUCAGCAGCCCAGCAGCUCCGGGCCUCAGCCUGACCGCACCCGCCGCCUCCCAGGACGCCAGCCAGUGCCAGCCCAGCCCCGACUUCGGCCACGACAGGCAGCUCAGGCUGCUGCUGAGCCAGCCCAUCCAGCCCAUGAUGCCUGGAUCGUGUGACGCCAGGCAGCCCUCCGAGGUCAGCAGGACUGGUCGGCAAGUCAAGUACGCACAGGCCCAGGCCGUGUUCCCGCAUCCAGACUCACGCCCCACCAGCAGCAGCACCUCGACCCCCGUCCUGCUGAUGGGGCAGGCAGCGCUUGCCCACAGCUUCCCUGCCUCCCAGCCGGCUCCCCUGCAGGCCCAGCCACAGCCGCCACACUACCUACAGGUGCAGGCAUCGACCUCUCUGCACAGUGAGCAGCCGGACUCGCUCCUCCUCUCCACCUACGCCCAGCAGCCGGGGACCCUGGGCUACACCCCGCCGCCCCCCGCGCAGCCGCAGCCCGCGCGCGCGCCCCGCAGGGUCAGCCGGCUGUCCGAGUCGUCGGGCCUCCAGCCGCCGCCCCGGUAG